UCAAGAAUAGAUGUGCUUAAAUUCAAAGUGAUAAAUAUUUAGCAUUUAUUCGAGUUCUGAUUGCAUUUAACAAAAAAAGAUAAAAGCCUGUUCGCUGUAUAAAAAGGAAUUGAAUUAACUUGUGUUAAAUAUAGAAGGAUAAGCAAAUCCUGCUAAAAACUGUAUUUCACGCAUACAGUUGAGGAGGAAUAGGAAUUUAAAUUUUUUGUACAAAGGAUAGGACAAAAACCGAACACGGUGCAAAAGGAAGAGAGGAAAAAAAUUAGCAAACGAAAUCCAUUACGUGAAAAAUCGAUAAAAAUAGAAUCAAAUCGGAAGCUCGUCAUAAAAGUAAAAGCAAAAACAAAAACGAAUAGACGUGACGACGAGAGGAGUGCUACAACAACAAAAUAACGAACAGCACAACGUCGGCCAAAGAGCGCAUAGUAUGAAACGUGGUAUAGUGAAGGAAUUCGAAAGUAAAAUAGAUAAUAUAGUUAAUAAUACUUACGCGCCCACAAAUAUAGUAUAAUCCUCGCGCGCAAAGCUUUGUAAGAGAUAAGUUGAGAUUUUCAAAUAAAUCAGUGGGGAGUACAUAUAUAAGGCAAAGGAGAAAAAUCAGCUGAUCAGCUUUAGUGGGAUAACGGAAGAGAAGGAGAAACGCUUCUCCUAUUGCCGGUAAGGAGAACGUCAUCUACGUAAAAAAGAGCAAAUUUACUACAGCUGUCUAAUCAGCCGUAAAAAUAGCCAAAGCACAAAACGUCAACAAAAGAGUGUUGAAUUUGUAAUAUAAACAAAAACGGAAAAAAUAUCUCCAAAUUUAAGCCAAUCAAACCAUACAGCGGAUGUAAAUAAAGGUGCAUAUAAUAAAAAAUUUAAGAAAAAAUAAAAUAUAUCAUACAUUACAGUCUAUACAGUUUUGUUAGACUUAUUACAAAAUAUAAUUGUUGGCGUCGUAAAAUAAUCAAUAUAUUUGUAAGAAAAAAUUACAAAUUCCUGCUAUAAAUCAACAAAAAGUGGCUAAAGUAAUACACACAGAAAGUUUAUUGAAAUAAAACAAGUACCUAAAUUUCUAAUAAUAUACGAGUGCUGCAAAGUAGUAUGGGCACAGAAACCAAAUUCAACAGUUACAAGGAGAACACCACUGCAACUACUGGUAGUGUUUUUCGUCCGAAAGUAGCGCACAAUGGUUCAUCGGCAACAGUAAUAGGUGCCGGUGUUGGUCGAAAGUUGCAUUCAUCAAAUGGUGCAUUGAACUCUAAACAACAACAGCAUAACGAUAUCACCAAUGGCAGCUCUGUAACUCCAGUUUUUUUACCUAUACACAUUGGCGACGACGUAAUUAGCGGUGCCAAAGAGGUGCUGAAAGUGAUAAGACCACAGUGGAAUAUUAGUCAUGUGCAAUUUAAAAAAUUCACCGAUGGCAUCACAAAUAAGCUUGUCGGUUGCUUCUAUAAUCCCCCACAAACCGCCACUAUCACCACAACAACAAACAACAAUGGUAAUGAAACCGACACAGGCAACGCAUAUGGCAAUGACACACCCAACUCACCCUCAACUUUGGCAUCGUCCACACUGUUGGACGACAACAAUGACUCGGGCAAUAUCAGCGAUACGGAUACAUUGGAUUCAGAGGUGACUAUGUCGAGUGCACUUGACAUAAAUACUAGUCAUAAUGCCAGCUGUGUUGUGAAUACGAAUGAUGAAAGCCACAACAAUAGCAGUUCGAUCAGUGAUAGCAAUGUAAUACUGGUGCGUGUCUAUGGUAAUAAAACCGAUCUGCUGAUCGAUCGCAAAGCCGAGACACGCAACAUACUGCUGUUGCAUACGUAUGGUUUUGCGCCGACACUGUUUGCCACAUUCAAAAAUGGUUUAGUUUACGAUUUUGUACCUGGUGUAACAUUGAAGCCAACCAGUGUUUUGGAGCCGAAGAUUUGGCGUUUGGUAGCAACACGCAUUGCCGAGAUGCAUCGUCGCGUGCAGAUGCAGGAGACGCCAGCUGUAGAAGUGGUGCCAAUGUUGUGGCAUAAAACGCAAAGUUUCUUCGAUUUGGUACCUGAACGUUUUAGUGAUCCUGAGAAACACAAAAGAGUUGAGGAAACUUUCUUGCCCAUAAAACGUUUACGCGACGAAUUCAACGCGCUAUACAGGCGGCUUGAGCGCCUGGGCAGCCCCGUGGUAUUUGCCCACAACGAUCUAUUGCUGGCCAAUAUUGUCUACCUGGAAGCAGAGCAGCGUGUCAAUUUCAUUGACUACGAAUAUGCCGAUUACAAUUUUCAGGCAUUCGAUAUUGGAAAUCAUUUUUGUGAAUUUGCCGGCGUCGACGAGGCGGACUUCUCACGCUAUCCCAAGCGUGAUUUUCAACUUGCUUGGCUGCGUGUCUAUCUGCAAGAAUAUCUGCAACGCUCCGACAUCACCGACGCCGAAGUGGAACGCUUGUACUUGCAGGUGAACCAAUUCGCGUUGGCCGCGCACAUGCUCUGGACCGUCUGGUCGCUCAUACAGGGGGAACAUUCCAACAUCGAUUUCGAUUAUGUCGAAUACGCUCACAUACGCUAUGCGGAGUACAAAAAGCAUAAAUCCGUAAUAGGCUUGGAGGAUGAAGCGGCAGCUGAGGAUGACGUUGCGAUGUCCAGUUAAGUUUACCAUAAGCACACAGCGCAUCCAAACAAGCAAGCGUGCCUGCUAGCUGAUGGAUUUUGAGCUGAGCAUGAGAGUUUGACUCAAAUGGUUGCUGGCAGUGGCUGAAAUUAGAAACUUUCCGGUGUUAUGAAAGGCAACCAGGCGAAAUUUUCGCAAAUAUUACAACAACAACAUUUUUUUUUUUUUUUUUUCAAAUCGAUACGUGUGUCUAAUAGCUUGUCAUAAGCAAAAGUUGUAUAUUCGUGUGAAUUCGUUUCGUAGUCGUGCUGCUUGUAUGUGGCGUACGGUGCAGAGGUCGUAAAUAACAGCGAAAAAUUAAGUUAUUUCAUUUUGAAAUUAAAAAACAAAAAACAUUCCUCAAGCAUUAAUUAUUUAAAUACGAUUCUUAUGUAAUACAAAUUCUAAUUAUAAAAUAUGUUAAAGAUAUUGGAAAAAAAUUGCAAACAAACAAAACAAAAUAGAAAGUAGUAAGUCAGAAAAAGUGUUGACAACGCAUUGUGAUUUGUAUUUAGUCUAGUUCGAAAGCAUUAUCGUUUUAAUUAUUAUCUAAACAUAAUCUCAUUAUUCAACUGCAAGUCUAAAUGCUGAAGCCACAUUUUCUUCUUUGACCUGCAAGUGAUUGUUAGUAGAGUAUCUCUAAAGUGAAAUCAACUUAUAAUUGACGAAAGCUUGGUCUUCCCAGCCAGUCUGCUCUGACUUGUUAGCUUUCAGUGAGACAUUGCGAUUAGCUAACCACUAUAUUCGCCACAAUUUACAUUUCAGUCACAAAUUUCUACUUGCAAACGAGCACUUUUUUGUUGAGUAAGAUAUUUUACUGUAGGGAAAUACUUCUUUCAAAAUUAACUGCUCGUUAACAUUUAUAUUCUCACCUUACUUUGCUAUCGCAUAAAGAAUACAUAACUUUAUCUGAUAUUUACAUAACAUAUGAUAUUCUGUUAAACUAUCAUUAACUUGCGUUAUCCGUAGUUUUAUUUCAUAUUAUAAACGUAUAUUACAUUUGCUGAAUCAAAAUUUACGUGGCAAAUAUUGUGCGUAAAAGUAUUGAAAGCAAUAAAAACUAACAUUUAUAAUGUUUAAUAAAUUAACUUAGCUUUAUGUAAAAUUAUAUAUUUAUGUUGAAUGUAGUCGUUAAAACCGUGACGUUAUUUUACAUCUCAAAUAAUAUUAAAAAAAAUGACAUUUCUAGCCAAAUUACGCGUUGUGUUACUCAGAGAAGCUAAAAUCGCAAUAAUUUCCGGUUUUUAGACACAGUUUUCGAACAUAAUUCUAUAUUAAAUUUAUAUUUAACGCAUUUCACUUAUAACUCGUGACAUUUAGUGCUCAAAAAAGCUAGCCAGCGUUUAAGAAAAUUUGCACUACACUAACUAAAAUAGAUUUAAAGACGAAAAGCUUUAUAUUUUCUUAAAAAACGUUACAUAAUAAUAAAAAACACACAUUUUCGUAUAACCUGUAAACAUACAGGUAAGACAACUUUUCGAUUUUUUUUUUUAUUAGACUUUCCUAUAAUCCUUUAAUUGUAAAAAUGUUAAAUAUUUAUCUAAAGCAGGUGCUAAAAUUUCAUUAUGUCGAAAUUUCGGAACUUUAUCUUAUCUAACCUUGAAAUUUAAAAACUUUUCGAUAGACUAACUUUGAGUGGUAAAUUUUUUUUAAAUGCCACACUUUUAUGCUACCUUUUCAAUUACUAAACUUUUGGCUUGUUCAUUAAGUAAUUUUGUUUUUUUUAUUGCAAUUUAAACACAUUUUUUUAUUGUGUAAAACAUUUUAUGAAAUUAUACCAUAUAUUCUUAAUUUUGCUUCAAUAACUUUUGCAAUCAUACAAAUAAUAUAUAUAGUAUAUAAACUAUGCAAAAACAAAUUCUUCAACUUUUGAAUAAUGUUAAUGUUAGAUACUCUUUCUUCUUUACUGUCGUCCACACCGCUAGCGGUUAUAGCCGAGUUACGAUUUAGAUACCCUUUACCUCCUGAACAACAAAUUAGCAAGCCAUUAUUAACAAGUCUAAAAUACCUGAAAUCUCGCAAAACUCGGUUGAGUCGCUAUAUAUCCUAACCAAAAACAUUUGUAUUCAACAAACACACUAGUUCAGUUUUAUCUAAGAUCUCCUUAAAAAAUUUCCAAAUGAUGCAUUUGAUAGCAGUUGGCUGAGUGUGUAUAAACCAUUUUUUCUAAACAAAAUAUAAAGAUUUUUCAAUAAAAUUUAUAAAACGAACAGACAAGGUGAUAUGUGAUUGCCAAGUAGUGUGAUAAUUAAAUUUUGUUGUUGCUGUAUCCGUAGAAAACAUCCCCGAAGUAAUUUGGAGGAAUACUGGAGCUGACAAUCCUUGGCCGGAUAAAACUCUAGAUCCGCUCCGUUUCAAUACAAACUAACGAUCUACAUAUAUCGCUCUUUCUUUUUCAUUUGGCUUAGCAUUUUUUACGAUUUUUUUGUGUAAGGGUUUCUAAAUUUACCACUUAUUUCGCUUUUUUGUAUUUAUUCUUUAUUCUUAUAGAAAUGCUGCGAUAUUCCAAAUAAUACGGCAUUUCAAAAAAUAUUCUAAAUAGAAUGCAUUUCUCAACAACACAACGAUUUAUUUCACAUUAUUAUUAUAUUCUAUACUAACAAAUAAAUAACUUGCCAGCUUAGCCAUUUCGUUCGCAAACUUUUUUUUAAAUUCAGUAGUGGUGCUAAUUAGAAGUGUUACAAGCAAAUCAAUUAUUUGCGCAUGCUUUUGGGUGUAAGCAAAUUUUGUUAGUAAUAUUGAGGGAAUAUUGAUAUUUUUUGUUAGCAAGUGUUAUAUAUAGCAUACAAGCAUACACAUACCAUACAAAUAUUACGCGUAACUCUCUUACAAAGACGUCGAAAUAUUUUUGUUAAAAAAUCAAACAAAUUUUUACCAAAUAAAAUAUAAAAAAUAUUAAAAUCACAAAAUAUGUUUACAAUAUUAGCGCUCAGUAAUGGUGAUGAUCGGUCUUAAGGUCUUAAAGAAUACGUGUAUAUAUGUAUGUAGUAUAUUUGUAUGUUACAAAAUAAUAAUUUAACAUAAAAUAGUUGUUUAGAAAGAAAUGUUAAUAGCGGGGAAAAAGUGGGUAAACUAAAAAA